UUUGCGUUCAUUUAUUGUUUGGACAAAUUCCUGCAGACACACGCACACACACACACAUGUACGCGUCGUACAAACAUACGUAAGUAUGUGCGCCAGCAUGUGUAUGUGUAUUUUUGGGUGUGGACUUUCUUUAUUGCCUUUUUUCGCAGCAUACUUUCUUGUGCUAGUCUCAAAUGAUUCUACACAUCUUCGUGGCUAGACGUGCUCGUAAAUGUUGUAGUCGUCGUCGUCGUCGUCGUCGCUGUUGUCCUCAUCGUCCCCGCGUCGGUUUAUUGUUUUUAUUGCUCUUUUUUCUCCUGCCACUCAUUUGCUUGUUGUUAUUGUCGCUUUGUUCGCGUCAUCGGCCGCGCGUUCGCGUACACGUCGUCGCAGCAUCGCAAUGAAAGCAGCUACACACAAACAUAUAUACACACACUGCCAUAUAGUAUAUAUGCUGGUAGCAUCAUCGUCUGCUCUGCUACUAUUGCUGCUUCUGCUACUGUUGCUCCCAUUGCGGCUGUUUGUGUUCGCAAUGCCAUUGCCACAGCUGUAUUCGCCAAGCAGCCAGCCAGCCAGCGCCGUUGUCGUAAUCGUUGACUCGCCCAGUGUGCGUGCGUUCGUUAGUCGUGUGUGGCGCUGUGCCGUGGCGGUUGUUAACCAAAAAUUUUGCUUACGCUCUGAAAAAAAAUAUGCAAAAAAAAUUUUUUUUAAAUAUAUUAUGUAAGCAACGCGCUGUGACAACUAACGUUAUUUACAGUGCUCUGUGCAGUACUCUACUCAAAUCUAGUUUUAUUGAAAGUUAAUUUCGAUAUUUCCCAUUUCGUUUGUGUUGUUUGCAAAAAAUGUGCGUCUGCCAUGGACACCAAAAGCUUGUGUGAUUACGAAAGUCAAAAAAAAAAUCUGAAAUCUUGAAAGCGUCCAGUGUUGGCAGCAGCAUUUUGAAUCGAAGGCGUUAAUUAAAUCCCCACCCAAGCAACGGCAGUGCACCGGAAUGCCCACAUAAGCACACGUAGCCAGGCAAUAACAACAACAACUUGAACAAUUACAAAAAUUCAAAAUAAAGCUCAGUCAGAUAGCGACGAUGACAACAAUAAUAAUGAACAUUAAAACAGCAACUAGAACCCACCAUUAAAACCAGCAACAGCAACAACAACAAAUACGACAACGACACCAACGAACAAACACGUAGAUGACAGAAAUCCACGAGAAGCGAGAAGCUCACAAUUCACAACGACCGCAGAGAUAGAGCAUAAAGCAAAACAACACAAACAAAAGCAAAAGCAAAAAAUCGAAAAACAAACGGAAGUGCCUCACAUAGCAGGAGUGGAAAGGAAAGACAGCAAAAUAACCACGCAGAGCGGCGUAAAUGUAAUCGUAUACUCGAUUAUUCGAUGCUAGAAACACUGGUGGCGGCAGUAAGUCUAGUCUGUGGAGGGGAAGCCAUAGAUAACAGCACAAACAGUUGAGUGCAAGCUUCGGUGGGGGUGUGGAGCUACAGUGAACAGAGUGACAGUGGUGAGGACAGUGGUAGGUAAUAGGAUGAGAAGGCAAAACUGAGUGAUGGCAUUCUUGUAGAAAUCCAGUAGCAAAAACCAGUCAAGUAAACAAAUUAAAGUGCUGACUAAAAGCAGAGAGCGAAAACGAGUGAGAAUGGCGAUAAAAAUUUAACAAUACAUAAAUAUACAACAAAAACAAAACAGGAGAUUACAGAAAUCAAAGCCAAAGCGCUCAAAGCAAAGAUAUGAUGAUAAUUUACUUAAAUUAACCCAAUCCAUCCAUUAAAAGGUAUUAAAGGAACAAAAGGGAAUGCAAAAAAAAAAUUGAGCAUGCAAACAGAGUGCCAGAAGUGAGAAGCAAGCAAACGAGGCGCGGAGGAGUGUAAGUGUAAACUGAAAAAGAUGUCAAUGUAAAGCGAUAAGCAGACACCGGAUCUAUAGAUACGCUGCACAUAGUAGCGAAGCGCUUGAAAACAAGAGUGACAGCAGCAACAAAAACAAUACAAGUAUUAGCUACAAAUAAAAAAAAGAAAUUCAACGUGAAAGUGGACGCAGCACAAAAAAAGAACGGUAAAACUUAACGGUGCCCAAAGCAGAGGCAAAGUGCCGUUGUUAAAGAUUGCAGAGGAGGUUGCAGCGAGCUUGAAGCUUGAAAGCGGAAGCUGAUGCUGAUGCUGAUUGACAGCGCGCCAGCGGAAGCAGUCAUAUGAUCCGCAAAAUGAAGGGAUUAAGUUUUAGGCAAAAAGCAAAUAAGCGACGAAAAAACGUGGAAACCAACCAAACACCAAGCGGCAGCACAACACUGGCAACACGCACAGCACGCAACAACAACAGCAAGGCAAAAAUAUGCAAAACAGCAACAAUCACACAAACACAUAACGGUCACACCGAACAGCUGACAACGCCAUUAAUAUGUCGGAACAAUAACAAGCAAAACAGUUGCAACAGCGUAGGUAGCCAGCGCCGCUACUGUAGCAACGGCAGCAGCAAUUCAACACCAACACCAACACCCACCUGCAACCAGCACCACAACCACCAACACCAGCAUUGCCUCGCCCCGGGCCAGCUGACGUACAAAAUGCCAUCGCCAUUGCUGUCAAUAUGUCAGACAACAACUACAAAGGCUUUAGAUGUGUCCGCGGACCAUCAGCAACAACAGCAGCACGACCAGCUGGAAAGUGUUCAAAAUCGUUGGCUUGCCCAUAACAAAGAGCAACAACGUCAGCGAAAAACUACAAUAACAUUCGCACCCAACAAACUCACCCAACACCAACACCAACGCCAACAACCAGCAACCACAAGCGCAUUGUCUUGCUUCAGAAAAUCUUUGGCAACUUUGUCAUUGCGCUCACUGUCUCGCCAUCAGCUCUUCCAUUUCCCUCAGCACCUCCAGCAUCUUCACCUUCACUUUGGCAUCGCCAUCAUAGUGCUGGCCUUCAUUUUAAUGUAUUCAUGCCCAUGCGCGUCGGCCUUGCGUCUCACAAAUGGCGGCAACACUAAAACUUUAUCCGCUAAUAAGGAGCAAUUAAAUAUUGGCCUAAUUGCACCGCACACAAAUUUUGGCAAACGUGAAUAUUUACGCGCCAUUAACACAGCCGUACAGGGUCUGGCGAAGACACGCGGUGCCAAGCUGACGUUCCUGAAAGACUAUUCAUUUGAACCGCGUAAUAUACAUUUUGAUAUGAUGUCGCUGACGCCGAGUCCGACAGCCAUAUUGAGUACACUCUGUAAAGAGUUCUUACAAGCGAAUGUCUCUGCCAUACUAUAUAUGAUGAAUAAUGAACAAUUCGGUCAUAGCACUGCCUCCGCUCAAUAUUUUCUACAACUUGCCGGCUAUCUUGGCAUACCGGUAAUCUCAUGGAAUGCCGACAACUCGGGUCUAGAGAGACGCGCCUCUCAAUCGACACUUCAACUUCAGUUAGCUCCAAGUAUAGAACAUCAAAGUGCUGCUAUGUUGAGCAUUCUAGAGCGUUACAAAUGGCAUCAAUUUUCGGUUGUCACCUCUCAGAUAGCCGGGCACGAUGAUUUUGUACAGGCUGUAAGGGAGCGUGUCGCCGAAAUGCAAGACCAUUUCAAAUUCACGAUACUCAAUUCGAUUGUGGUAACGCGCACCAGCGACUUGAUGGAAUUAGUGAAUAGCGAGGCUAGAGUGAUGCUCCUCUAUGCCACACAAAGCGAAGCGGUUACUAUUCUUAGAGCUGCUGAAGAAAUGAAGUUAACUGGCGAAAAUUAUGUGUGGGUCGUCAGUCAAUCGGUUAUCGAGAAGAAGGAUGCACAUCCACAAUUUCCCAUUGGUAUGUUGGGUGUACACUUCGAUACGAGUAGUGCAGCACUGAUGAAUGAAAUAUCGAAUGCGAUUAAAAUUUACGCAUUCGGCGUGGAAGCAUACCUCACAGAUCCGGCAAAUCGGGGGCGACGUCUCACAACACAAUCACUUUCGUGUGAGGAUGAGGGACGUGGACGUUGGGAUAACGGUGAAAUCUUCUUCCGUUAUUUGCGCAACGUAUCCAUUGAGGGUGAUCUGAAUAAACCCAAUAUAGAAUUCACUGCCGAUGGCGAUCUCAAAUCUGCUGAAUUGAAAAUCAUGAAUUUGCGUCCUGGAGCAAACAAUAAGAAUCUCGUUUGGGAAGAGAUUGGCGUCUGGAAGUCAUGGGAGACGCAAAAGCUUGAUAUACGUGACAUUGCCUGGCCGGGUAACUCGCAUGCUCCACCACAGGGUGUACCCGAAAAAUUCCAUUUAAAGAUAACAUUCCUCGAGGAGGCACCCUAUAUCAAUCUCUCACCCGCCGACCCAAUCAGUGGCAAAUGUCUAAUGGAUCGCGGCGUCCUUUGUCGGGUCGCGGCCGAUCACGAGAUGGCCGCUGACAUCGAUGUCGGGCAAGCGCAUCGCAAUGAAUCGUUCUAUCAGUGUUGUAGUGGCUUUUGCAUCGAUCUACUGGAAAAGUUUGCCGAAGAAUUGGGUUUCACAUACGAAUUGGUGCGGGUCGAAGAUGGUAAAUGGGGUACACUUGAGAAUGGUAAAUGGAAUGGGCUGAUUGCGGAUUUGGUAAAUCGUAAAACCGACAUGGUAUUGACAUCGCUGAUGAUCAAUACCGAACGCGAAGCUGUGGUGGACUUCAGUGAGCCAUUCAUGGAAACUGGUAUUGCGAUAGUAGUGGCUAAGCGUACGGGUAUUAUAUCACCAACAGCUUUUCUAGAACCAUUCGAUACCGCCUCUUGGAUGCUGGUCGGUAUUGUGGCGAUACAUGCUGCCACAUUUAUGAUCUUCCUCUUCGAAUGGCUUUCACCAAGCGGUUAUAAUAUGAAACUGUAUUUACAAAAUACUAGUGUAACGCCAUAUCGUUUCUCGCUAUGUCGUACCUAUUGGCUUGUGUGGGCGGUGCUCUUUCAGGCUGCUGUACAUGUAGACUCACCGCGCGGUUUCACCUCACGAUUCAUGACGAACGUGUGGGCUCUAUUCGCUGUAGUCUUUUUGGCCAUCUACACUGCUAACUUGGCUGCCUUCAUGAUAACGCGAGAGGAAUUUCAUGAAUUCAGCGGUCUGAACGACAGCCGCUUAGUACAUCCCUACUCGCAUAAACCCUCAUUUAAGUUCGGUACAAUACCAUACAGCCACACCGACUCAACUAUACACAAAUAUUUUAAGGAUAUGCAUCACUACAUGAGACAAUACAACAAAACUAGCGUCGCUGAAGGCGUAGCCGCCGUUCUCAAUGGUAAUCUCGACUCGUUCAUCUACGAUGGCACUGUGCUCGAUUAUUUGGUGGCACAAGAUGAAGACUGUCGUUUAAUGACUGUCGGCAGCUGGUAUGCCAUGACAGGUUAUGGUCUCGCCUUUAGUCGCAAUUCAAAAUACGUCCAAAUGUUCAACAAACGUCUAUUAGAGUUUCGCGCCAAUGGCGAUCUGGAGCGCUUACGUCGUUACUGGAUGACGGGCACAUGUCGUCCCGGCAAACAAGAGCAUAAAUCCUCCGAUCCACUUGCGCUAGAACAGUUCUUAUCCGCUUUCCUACUACUUAUGGCUGGUAUUCUAUUUGCCGCAUUACUACUGCUGCUCGAACACAUCUAUUUUAAGUAUGUGCGAAAACGUUUAGCCAAAAAAGAUGGUUGUCAUUGUUGUGCGUUGUUGUCACUGUCAAUGGGUAAAGCGUUGACAUUUCGCGGUGCAGUUUUUGAGGCAACGGAAAUACUGAAAAAACAUCGCUGCAAUGAUCCCAUUUGUGAUACACAUCUGUGGAAAGUUAAGCAUGAAUUGGAUAUGUCACGUUUGCGUGUGCGACAAUUGGAGAAAGCGUUGGAUCAGCAUGGCAUUAAACCACCACAAUUGAGAUUGACGUCAUCUACGGAUAUGUUGAAUCAUCAUCAUCUGAAAGAACGACCACCGUUGCUGGGCAACUUGAGUUUAGCUGCGAGUGCACAAGAUUUAUACAGGUGGUCUUACAAAACGGAAAUUGCGGAAAUGGAGACGGUGCUGUAAGAGACCAGACCGCAACAAAUACCACCGUACACCACCACAUGCCAACAACAUCGACACCACCAAUAUACAUACAUACAUGUAGGAAUCGGGCGACCGCCACCACAUAAGACGCGCUGCCUGAAGAUGAGCCACUAACUAAUGCUGCAAAGCGAAUGAAUAAUGCUGCCUGUCUGCCUUGCUGCCUUCCAGCCAAUAACACUACGGCAUGCGGAAGCAAUAGAUUUCAGUGGGAAAUGAGCACGAAUGCCUAUAACAGUAUGAUGUUUGAAUCACACGUAAAAACUUUAUAGGAAAUAUCAGGUGGCAAGGAGCAAAGCACAACGAACAGAAAGCAGAGGGCAGCACAGUUAUCGAUGGAGCGAAAUCUUGCUCGUUUUGCAAGGAUCCACAGCAAAAAGUUAACAAUGCCAGCAACGGAGUAAUGCAUGCACACAUACAUACAUACAUACCUGUUUGUGUGUGUGUAUAUGCGGGCAAAGCUUGGAAUUUGAAUAAUGAUUGAGCUGAAAAAAAAACACAAAAAUAAAUUAAUAUAAACCAACAACAACAGCAACGCAUCAAAAAAUAAACAUUGUGUGUAGUAUUUAUAUAUAUAUAUGUAUGAGUGUGAAUAAUAUUAAGAGCCAAAUGAGAAAUUCAACUUCAAAGCCGAACUUAAUGAUUACAAGUAAUAAUUACCAAUAAUCAAUCAUAAUGAUAACAAUAAUAACAAGAUGGCAUGCUAAACACAGUUAUAAAUCAAAAUAGUUUUAUUGAACACAAAAAAAAAAACUAAACAAAUAAUACAAACGAACAAUAAAGGUUUAAGCGAAAGGCACCAAACACAUUGAAAUGCACAAAUGCAAAGUUUUAAGGGCUUAUAACCACUUGCAAGUCAGAAAAAACGCGUAAUUUGCUGAUUUUUUUAAGAGUAAUUUUGCUUAAUAAUUUAAAAAAAAUGUACAUUAACAAUUUAAUAUCAUUUAAUAAUCGGCGAAUCGUUUUGAAAUAUUUUGGAUGCGCUUGCUGCCGUUGUCGAUCUCUAGGGGCACCUUCCAAAACAGUUAUCUGGCGGCGAAAAAAAAUGUUCCGCUUAAAAUUAAUUCGAAUCCUGAAUCCAAAAAUAAUAACAAUAAUUACAAUUAAUGAAUACAGUUUAUGAUGGUAGGACGAGUCAUUAUUUUGAUUUUUUGACAAAGCGGCGGUUUCCCAAAAGAAAAAGUCGUUUUUCGUGAAUUGCAAAAUGGCUAGGUUAGGUUAAAUGGUCGAUCUUAAAAAGGGGAUCUCACUUGAACAGCUGGUCCGUUGUGGUACCUGGAACUCCUAUAAAAAUUUGUCAAAAAGACACUCAUAAAUCGACAAAGCGUUUUGUACCAAUUAUGAAUUUGUUGAGCCCAAUGACAGUUUCGGCUAUGUCUGCUGGUUUGCUGAAGGUAUGACUGCCUAUAUCGUCUUAGUAGCUAAUCGGCUUUGCAGUUUCUUGCGAUGCCGCUAUGACCAAUCACCCAAACGAGUCUAAUGAUGAAGUAGCAUGAUGCUAUUUCUAGUGAGGACAGACACUCCUUGACUAACUUUAAACGCACAGUCUUCCAGUUCAAUGUUAAUUUCGCUGCUCUGCUGUCGGAGUUAAUGCACACCUCCCUGAAAGAAGCUGCAGUUUUGAGUAGUAAAUCUACAGCUACCUUAAUAGCAGCCACUUCUGUCUGAAAAACACUACAGUAGUCUGGUAGCCUAAAGCUAAGCUUGAGGGAGAGCUUUUUAUUGAAGACUCCCCAUCCAAUUCUAUCUCCUGGCUUCAACCCAUCCGUGAAAAAGAUCACUGCGCCUCUUCUCCAGCAACUUUUUCCAGUGCACAUAUCCCUCAUGAGUAUGUGAGUGAAGAUACAGCUGCCUGGAGUUGCCUCAAUAACGCAAUGCUUCAAAUUUCGAUCUGCAAUGCACUGUAGCUAAAAAAAUCGAAAUUGUUAUCAAAAAUCUUAUUAUAUCGAUUGGUAAUUGCGAAAUAUAUUUAAGAUGAUUUGCGAAAAUUUCAGGUCGAUCGGUCCAGCGGUUUCGAAGAAAUUUUCCUCACUAACUCUGUGGACAGCAUUUCGGGAAAGGCACGUUUAAAGUUUGGAAUUCGAUUACACUUAAUUAAAAAAUUCCUAAAAAUACGCUCAUAACUCCGAAACUAUCUGCAGGAUCAACAUCAAAUUUUCGAAGAACAUUUUCAAAUAUACCUAUUAUACAUAAAUUCUAUACGCAAAAAAAAUUGUUUUUUUCACAAGUGGUUAUAACCUCUUAAUACAAACGAAGAACAAAAAGUUAAAGCGGAAUACACUUACAUUCUUAAAAUGCGCCGAUGCAAAGAUUUAAACAAAAAUAUUUAAAAUAAAAAAUUAAAAAUAAAUAAUUGAAAUGUCUUAAAAAUUAAUUGUUUAGAUUAAUAAUGAAAAUAAUAAAUAUGAUUAAUAAUUGUAAAAGAAUGUAAACGGCCAACAAGCCACCCAGCUAUGUAUGCACUAAACAGAACUUUUAAACUGUACACAGACGGCAACGCACACGCAUUAGAUAAGUCCACCUUAAAGCUUUACAAAGUGCAAGCGGAUGUGUACAGUUUAACGGUUGUGUGCGCUUCACCAGUACACUUCCAUGCUUGAGGCAACUAAAUUCACUAAAUUGAAUAACACUAGUUUAAUGUAUGGAAAACAAAACCAAAACCAAAAACAAAAAUAAAAAGAAAACAAAAACAAAAACAAAAACCAAAACCAAAACAAAGAAAAACCAGUAACAAAAAUUGAAAACUCAACUACAAUUAAGGCGAACCCAACUCAUACUCGUAAAUGCCUCAAAUUUGUUAUUCAUUUGUUAUUACAUAUGUAUAUGUGUAAAGGUUUUCGAGUGUAAUUAAGCUUAAUUAAAACUAACACACAUACACACAUAUAACUAUAUGUUUGUAAAAGCUAACUAAUUUGUCAGUAAAUUACUUGAAAAUCGUUUUUAAAAACCGAAGUGAAAAUUGACUGAAAAAUACUAAAAAUUGCAAAGCACAAAGUAAACAACUAAUUCAAGAUGUUGAAAAGCACAAAACAGACAAAAGCAAGGUCUAAUAAGAAAGCAGCAUUUUAAAAUAGAUUUAAAAAUGACAUAAAAAAUGUCGUAAAUUGUAGUUGCAACAUUUCAUGGAAAAAUUGUGCACUAAAUGAAAACGUUAACAGUUGUAUAAACUGCUUGCUAAGCAAAUCACGUGGUGGUAGAAAAAUGUCUCUAGAAGCAAAUUGACGAUAACGGUAUUCAAAAAACUUGAAAGCACUCUACAAAAAGCUUUGACUUUCUCUACAAUAUUUUGUGCUUAAACUGCUUUAAAUGCUGCAAUUCAAUUUUCACACAGCUGUAGCUCGGUUUUUUGUAGUCGCAGGUACCUAACACAAGCCAAAAUUAUUUAAUAGUUUACCUAUUGGAAAUAAACUAUUAGCAAAUGUAAUUGUUAUAUAUGCAAGUUGAAAGGUAUUAGUUGUGUAAGAAAUUACGAAGGAUGAAGAAAUGGAAAUACUGCUAUUUUUUGUUUCGUUUUUUGGCUGUCGAAUAAAAAGUCUGAACUUGAUGCGAUAGUAAAUUUUUUUUAUGAUUUUACACAUAUGCACCAUAUAUGUAUGUAUGUACAUUAGGGUGUGCGUUAUUACGCAAGUUUAUUUAUUUAUUUUUUUUUGCAUACGUCUCCUGAAGUUUCAGAUUUUGCGCUAAAUAAACAAAUGACAGCAAACAAGUUCUUUGUUUUCAACUUAAACCGUGAAUAAAUCAUUUUACUUUUCCGAUAUAUUUAACUUUUUUCAAUAUUUUGCAAUACAUUUUUCAUCUCCAAUGCAAAUUAAUCUACAACUUUGAAAGGGUGAUGUUCUAUUACUAAAUUAUAAUGCUCUCAAAAAAUUAUCCAACGAAAUCAUAUUUCUUUUCUCAUGCACAUAGGUAUAUAGCAUGGGACUUUUUGAUCUUUUCCAAUAAAUGUUUUUUCUACAAAGAAUAUAAACCUACAACUUUAAAAAAUAGCCUUUUAAAAAAAUAUCGCUCUUCAAAAAAAGUCUUAUUGGUUUCUUCCAUAAAACCACAUCUUUAAAAGUUAUACGUGGUUAAAAUUAUGCAUCAAAUGCAUUGAGUAAUUCAGUAAUAGAUCAUUCAUACAUAUAGUACACCAUGUCGUAUGAGCAACACAGAAUUUAUAAACACUUGUAUGAAUACUCCGUACGUUUAAUUUUAACUGCGUAUAACUUUUAAAGGAAUGUUUUCAUGAAAAAAAAUAUUUAGAACUUUUUUGUAGAGCGGAAAAUUUUGUAUUGGAAUAUAGUUGUUAUAGGUUUUGCAAUUUGCUUUAGAGAUAAAAUAUGUAUUGCGAAAAAUUAAAAAAUCGCGAAAGUAAAAUGAUUAAGGCGCGAUUUAAAUAGAAAAUAAAAAGUUUGUUUACGUCGGAUAAUUUUUUAGAGCAAAAAUUCAAUCUAUUUUGGAAAUAACGGACACUCUAAUGUACAUAUACAUACAUAAUAUGUUUCAGUAUGACUAUUCUUUACCCUAACCCCAUCAUUUAUAGUUGAUUCAACUAAAUUCUUCUUCACACUUGCAUAUAAAUUUGUAUGUAUGUCUAAGUAGUGGUCUUGUAGUUGCUUAUUUUACACUAAAUAUGCUACUUAAACUAAACAUAUUGUUGCUAACUAAAUUUGUUGAUAACCUGAAAAUGUCGAAAACAUAAAAAAUUAGUGCACUUAUGUUGGAUAUUGAUUACGCUGAAUUUUUUUUUUUUUGAAGAUUCCGUUUUGUAAUAGUGAAAUCGGUGAUUUUAACAAUAGUUGGCCACAAGUUCUUUUUUUUUUUUGUUACUUAAAAAAUAGUUUCUAAUACAUAAAUGAUAUUAAAUACAAUACUCGUAUGAGCUGAAAAUAAAUAAACCCUUUUGAAAUAAAGUGCUUGAGUGAUUACUUAGAGACAGGGGAUUCGAUUGCUAUCAAUUUUUUUCUGCAUGUUUUGUAUAUUUAAUUACAUUGUUGCCAAUUUUGCCUGUAUUUUUUUUUUUUUACCUAUUACAAAUCGGUUCCUCUAUCCCUUUAAAGCAAUAUUCUAAAUAAGUGCACAAAUUAUAAUAAAAAUAUUAUAUGAAAACAAAACUAUAAUGUAAUAAAAAGAAAGAAAAAACACUAAAAGAGCUCUAAUACAAAACUCAAACAAUUAAAAACAUAACGAAUGUUAGUAAUUUGUUUUUUAAGUCACCUAAAAUUUGAUUUUUAACGUUUCAACCAAAGUAAAAUACUUGAAAAAGGGUUGCUGCAAAGUUUGUGUGCGAAUGUUUACUGAAACUUUCUAGAAACAAGCGAAAAUAAAUAUAAAUUACUGCUUUCUAUGUCAACAUUAAACCAAAUUACCAUAUUGUUAAGCUACUUGACUUAUGUAAAUAUUAGAACGCUACAAAUGCUUCUUAAUGAUAGUUUAAGGGAAAUUGCUUUCUUUUUAAUGUUCUUCUACAACUUUAAAUAUUUUUAAAUAAUCGCUAUCUCUUUUAAGUGUUACAAUACCGUUAAAUAUCAAUUGCUGCCCUUUAUGGUACUUUGUGUGUUACAACAAGUCAGAUAGAUAUAUAAUAUUAUAUUACAGGAAUAGGUACCAAAGGGACUCAAAUAAUGGUUGGUUGCUAAUACUGAAAAAAAAAAAUUAAUUUGUACGAGUUUGCUUAAAUCAUUUUCAAUUACAAAGUAUUAUAAAAAUGUUUAAUUAUUUUAAUGAGUCGCUCCUUAAGCGGUUUUAUCCACUUGCAAGUUAGAAAAAUCGCGUUCUUUUGUGAAAUUUUAUUCUAAAGAGACAUUUUAUUUAAGAAAUAAAUAAAAUUUAUUCAAUAAAUAAAAAGAAAUAAUGUGCAUUUACAUAAUUUAAGGCAUUUUAAUAAUCGGCCACUCAUUUUGAAACAUUUUCGAUUCUCUUGAUCCCGUAACCGAUCUCCAGGAGAACCUCUGAAAAAAUGGUCUCUAUCAAUGAAAAAGAUUUUGCUGCUUAAAAUUAUCUCAAAUUCGAAAACCAAAAAAAUGUAUUAUUACAAUAUAUGAGUGCAUGUAAUGAUCGAAGGACUGCAAGUAGUAAAAAAUUUUAGUUUUGACCAAAUGGCGACUUUCCAAAAAAAAAACGUUUUUUGUGAAAAAGUUAAAGUAAAAGUUACUUAAAAAAUUUAAUUUGUUAUCAAAAAUCGGAUUCCUUCUAUCAUUACCUGACAAAUACCAUAUAUCUAAGAAUUUUGUAUGAAAAUUUCAAUCAAUUUCGGAGAGAUUUUUCUCAACGACUCUGUAAACAGCGUUCCGAGAAAAAUUCGUACAAAUACACUCAUAUAUAUUCGAAAUUAUUCGGCUGAAAACUUUCGGAAAAUAUAUUCAAUUAUUGUAUAUAAACAUUCGAUAUAUACUCUUUUGUGCAAAAAAAAUAGAUGUUUUGAAAUUCACAAGAGGAUAUAAGUCCUUAAUUACGAUUCGAGAAUCAAUCAAUUUUUUUAAUAUUAUGAGAUGAGUAGUAAAAAAGCAUUAGGCUUUCAAAUCAGUUUUCUGUUGUUUUUCUAAUUGUUUCCUUUAAGUAUGCUUCUUCAAAUCAAGGAUUAUUAAAUUUCAAUAAUAUCUGUUUCUACACCAUAUUUUUCAAUAAUCUAUCCCAAGUUGUACAUUUUUUACUAACCAUGUCACGCAUUUAUAUUUCAUAUACAUAUUCUUAAUAAUACCCUGAAACCCCUGAAACCCCUGAAAUGGGAUUAAUUUUUUCAAAUUGCUGACUGGAUAACAAAGAAUGACCGUCUAAUGUUUGUUAUAACAGUAAUUUAUUUUCAUUUAGCAAAGAAGUAUAACAUUUUAUUGUAGUUGCAAAUGUACUUAGGUGCAUUGACAUAUUUACAUACAUUCGUAUAAGGCAAACUUAAAAAUGAGAUGAAUGCAUACAUGCAAAUUGUGUAUUAAAGAAAAUAAAUAAAAAUAUACUCAAAAUAUUGUAACUUUUUUUUCUACUGAAUUUUGUGUAAAAUACGAAAAAUUAUACGAGACAAACACCGGCGAUCGAUUUUGAAAAUGUGGGCACAUACCAUAAUGGCAAUUAAUUGCAACUGAAAUAAAAUUUGUUUUGUUAACAAAAAAUUUUAACAUUUACAUGUAAUAAAUUAGUUGAAAACGAAAGUAAUAAACCUUAACAAGAGAUGUUGUAGCGAAAGCCAGCAAAGGCGACAAGUAACAAAUAUAUAUAUAAAGUAUUAUAUAUAUGUAUAUGUAGUUAAAUUGAAUUAUAUUAAAAUUUUGGAGGUGAAACUAUUUACAUACAUAUAUUUAAAUUAUAUACACACAUACAAACAUACAUGCAAGCAUAUGCAAAACGAAGAGAAAAAUCAUAAACGGUUUGCUUUUUGAUUCUUACGGUUUCGUAGCCUUGUUGUUUUGCUUUUUGUUUGAUUGAGUUCAAAAACUAUUAAAUAUGAAGAGGCAUUGAAUUGAAAAGCAGCCUACACCUUGUUUCAAAAUUAAAUUUGCGGCAACAACAUAAAAUUACACAACCAAAGCUCCGAGCAUACUUCAAAAAGCUUUUAUUAAAUUUUAUAUUAUAAUAAUAUAUCUGCGAAUUUAAAACUUAUAGCAAAUAUUAUGCAUUUAAAAUUUUAACUUUCAAUAAUAUUUUCAUUAAAAUAUUUUCUCUCCACUUAGACUUCGAAGUGAAUUACUAUCAAUACAAUUAUGGUUUACUGUUUCACAAUUUUCAAAGUAGAGCCCUUACAAAUGAACAGUUAAUGUCGGAUACCAAAAUAAAAAUAAAAAUUGUUUACUACUAUUAUUAUACUUCUUUAAUUUCACACCAACUUCAAUUAGCAACAUUAAAAAUUAAAACGCUUGCUGAAAAUUAAGAACCAAAAAAUUUUUUAUUAGAAACCUCUACUUUUAUUUUCAAUCCCAUGCUUGAAAAAAAAACUUAAUCCCAAGUAUGAGAUUGAAAAAAUUUUUAAUACAAAAUAAUAAAAAUAUAUAUAUUUAUUUAUUUUGUAAUCCCGAAACUCUUAAGAAAAAGUAAUUUUAAAAUGUUUAAUUCCAAAUACGGGAUGGUAAAAAAAUUUCAAUUCCAAAUAUGAGAUUGAAAAAAUUUUUAAUACAAAAUAAUAAAAAUAUAUAUACUUUUUUUUUUGUAAUCCCGAAACUCUUAAGUAAAAAUUUUUAUUCUCAUACCGAAUUGAAAAAUAAAUAAAAAUUUACUCCCAUGCUUAUAAUUAAAAAUUAAUAGACAUUUGUAUACAAUUUAAAAUUUUUCGCAUUUGCGUACUUUGUUUUCUGCCAGUUCAAUUAAUUUUCGAAAGGAAAGCUAAUUUUUAAUAAAAUAUUAACAUUUAUUAACUAUUUUUGUCUAAUGUAUAUUUAGUUACUUUUAAUUAUUGGUAUUCAGUUAGAAAUAUAUGCAUCUUUACUUUUUUAUCGCUUUUAAGGUAAACAUUUUUUUUAUUUGUUUUUAGAAUUUCUAAGUCAAAAAAUAUUUUUUAAAUUUUUAAUAAUAAUAAAUGUUUGGGCUUAAAAAUAAAAUUUACAAUUUUUUAUUAUUAAAUUAAAAAAUUAAAAAAAAAAAAAUUAAAAUUUAAAUUUUUUAUU